AUGGCUUUGGGCGUAGCUAUUUUACGGCACGUCAUCGCCCUUCAAUACGAUGCAGCACGACAAGCCUCGAGCCUUGAACCUCGAGCGAAAACCACACUAGAUAUAUCACCGUUGCCUACUGUUUAUCGAAAUGGAACCAUCAUGGUGGUGGCCGCGUCGUUGGUGUCUGCCGUUGCAAUUCUAGGAUUACUUGGUUUUCUCACCUACCGGCUUAUUUUCUGGCAGAAACGCGAGGGAACAUAUCUGGGACAUAACCAGUUUGUGGUUCUCAUCUACAAUCUUCUGUUGGCAGAUCUUCAAGUCGCGUUGGGUUUUAUCAUGUCAAUUCAUUGGAUGGCCAUCGACGGUCUACACGCCAGCUCCCGUUUCUGUUCUGUACAAGGAUGGCUACUACAAAUAGGAGACCCGUCGAGUGGGUUAUUCGUUCUUGCCAUUGCAGUUCAUACCUUUGCGACUGUCGUCAUUGGGAGGAAACUAUCCUACAGGUUGACCGUGAGCUGUAUCAUUGGACUUUGGGGUUUCUGUCUGCUCCUCGUCAUGGUCCCAACAAUUAGGCACGGAAAACAUACAUAUGUCCCCUCUGGCGCUUGGUGCUGGAUCGAUCAAAAAUUCGAAGCAGAAAGGUUUUGGGCCCAUUACUUCUGGAUAUUUGUUUCCGAGUUCGGUUCCCUCAUGCUCUAUGCCAUCCUUUUCUUUUACCUUCGACGCAAAUUGCAAGCAUCGGCCGUUCUAGCGCGCGGACAAAGGGAAUAUCUGAGGAGGCUUCGUCGGGUCACGGGCUACAUGGUUCUCUAUCCAUUAGCAUACCUUCUCCUCUCCCUUCCUAUCGCCGCCGCCCGCAUGUCGAGCGUUCGAGGCCAUCCUCCUUCCCUAACCUACUUAUGCGCAGCGGCCGCCAUCAUCGCUAGCUCUGGCACCGUUGACGUCGUGAUGUAUACCCUAACACGCAAAGCGCUCCUCCUUGACUCUGAGCUUAGUCGAGUAUCUGAUAAAGGAGACUCCAAUGCAAACAGCCGCCGUAGCCAUAUGGCAUCCGUCACGGCAGACCGUCGGAAAUCAAAGGGUUACGAGAUGAAGAAGAUGUCGAGGCUCACGGCAAAUGACAACACCUUCUCAGCCGAUCGAUCGACAGAUGAUAUGAUCGAUGAUCUCGAGAAGGGCGGUUUCGGCAAGGUGUAUCAAGAAACCACGAUUGAAAUCACCCAUGAACCCGCCGUGUCGGAGCACAAUCCUCCUUCUUCCGCAGGCUCCGUCGAGAAUGCCGUGGCUUGUGGAGGGCCGGCUGAUCCAAAGCCAGGACAACCGUGGACAGCCAAGUGGAAGUGA